AGUUAAAGCAUAGCACAGCCAGUGCAAUAAUCCGCACUAUUCUGCACCAGCGCCAUUCGGGGAGUUUAUCAACACGUUUAAACGUCCGUUUUAGUUCUUAUACAGUUUGUGCGUAAAUUGCAUACAUUCCUGGAGAUCCGUAAUUUUUAUUUUUAUUUAACGUGAUCAAAUACAAGAUGGAAUACUGGUUGCCUGCUAAAAUACAUACAAAUGGAAAAUCUAACUAUAUCAUAUUCUUGGACUUUUCAUAUGCUGAUGCGGAGAACAGAAUCGGUUUGGAUUUGUGCAGUCAGUUUACAUAUUAGAACGAGCUGCCUUUUCACCUGUUUGGAGAGCGCGUAAAACUCGUUUUUGAUUGUUUCCUCCAAAGGUUUUGUCAGUAAACGCGUUUGAGAUGAGAAACGAGUGUUUUGAUCCGCGCUGGACACUUGCACUGCUGGCGAUCCUUCAGAAGCCUGUUGGAGAGGAGCGCAACUUUGCUGCGUCUAGGAGAUUCACCGGUGAUCCAUCAUCUAUCCAGCGCUGUGCAGGAGCCACCGGGCGCGCAGGUGGACGCGGAUCCCGUCGUUUCCAAAGCUUAACCGAGCCUUGUUUAGAGUAAUGCCGGGCUCUUGGAUCUGGGGUGCGCUGGGAAGGUUGAUGUGGCUUUCAUUUCUUGCGCCAAGCGCUUUGAUAAUGAUCCUCGUUCCUCCGGCGUCUCUGGCGCAUCCACAACCAUGUCAGAUUCUUAAGAGAAUCGGACAUACGGUGAGAGUCGGAGCUCUGCAUCUUCAGCCUCGAGUAUUCAGGCAGGAUUCCUUCAGUGGGAGAGAUCUGGACUGGGAUGCGGACAGAGAAAUGUGGGAAGAGUGGGAUGUGAUAUUUCAAAGUGACCACGAAGAAGACUGGAGGGGUAUUAGGACUAAAAGCUCUGUGAAUAACCUCAACAAGGCCUCCAAAAGUAAAGCCGUACUCAAACAAGUGGCUCCGGAUGUUGUGUUUCUGCCACGAGACUCAGUAAUACUCGCUUCAGAGAGCCUCAAUCGAGUGGCAGGGCUUUUACCUUACAACCUCACGCUCGAGAUUGUCAUGGCUGUGGAAGCAGGGCUCGGAGAAUUACCUGCUUUCUCCUUUUCCUCUUCAUCUACACCUGCCUGUGCGGAUCCCGUGUCGUUCCUGCAAAGUGUUUGCCACACUGUCAUUGUUCAAGGAGUUUCUGCCAUCAUUUCCUUUCCACAAAACAGAGACGAACUGGUGAAGUUGGAAUUUAUUGCCUCAACGCUGCAGAUUCCAGUCAUCAGCGUCGUCCAGAGUGAAUUCAAACGCCAGACACAGAACUUACUCCAUUUCCAGAUGGCCAUGCAAAUCCCCAAACCUCUCAAGCCAAUCUCAUCUUCUCCCUGCUGUCCAUGAAUAACUGGUUUGAUGUCAGUCUGGUGAUGUGUCAACAGAUGAACAUUUCAGACUUUGUUUUCUUGCUCCACAACAACUCCAAAUUUCACCUGGGAACCGUCCUUAAGAUUUCCACCAACAGCAGCUCCAAAAACGACUUUCACAUAUUCCUGCAAGCCCAACUGGAGUCCAUCAAGGACUCGACAUCUACCUUAGUGACCUUCGGAUGUGACAUCAGGGAUAUUAGGAGAAUCUUCACCACCAUUGCAAAGUUUGGUUUGAUUCUUCCUGAUUACCACUGGAUUAUAGGAGACUCUCAAAAUGUGGAGGAAUUACGGACCGAGGGGCUCCCUAUGGGUCUUCUUGCACACGGGCGUAUGGGCGAGCCUUCGCUGGAUCACUAUGUCCAGGAUGCUCUGGAGCUGGUGGCGCGAGCGGUGGGAUCUGCCGCCACUGUCUCUCCAGAGCUGGCACUGAUUCCUGGCACCACGAACUGCCUGGCAAGGCUUGAGGCUAAAAAUCUCACAUCAGGAAUCUUUCUGUC